AUGCCACCACGUUCCUCCAAAUCUACCGAUGUUGUCCUCCUACCUUCUCCCGGCCAAUUUACCCGUCCUCCACCAUCUCAAUAUUACACCUAUCGUAUUCAGAGAGGGGAACAGGGAGUUUUAACGUAUGAGCCUUACAAGUCCUAUCUCCUCCCCCUUUGGCGAUUCCGAACUCCCUCGAUUGCAGAAAAGUCCUCGAAAGCCUUGUACGAAGAAUUUCUACGUUUUUACGAGGAAGAUGAUUUUGUGGGUAUGGAUAUGAGUAGAAAGUUUAUACAAAUGGGUAUGACGCGAUCGAAACGUUAUGCGAAUCAUAAAGGGGGACGAAAAUACGAUAUUGGAAAGGAUGGGCAAAAAGAAGAAAUAGAAAAGAGUCAAGGGCAUGAAGGUCAGGAAGAUAAACUGAUUGCUAGUGGCAUAUUUAAAGAAAUGUGGGAAAGGUGCCGCGGGCAUGAAGGGUACAAAGCUUUGAAGGAAAUGUUUCAAAAGGAGUUGAAGGACUGGAUAAGUGUACACGGAGAGAAAAAACGAAAUGAACAAGAGGGUUUGAAAGUUAAAGAGCAGGAACAAAGUGAAGAAAGAAAAUAUAUAAAACAAGAGGGCGAAGAUGUAGAGGACUCGACGAAUCUUCGACAACGAAAGAGGCCAUGGAGUGAAAUAAAAGAGGAGCAAAAAAUUAAGAAGGAAAAUAGUGUAGAGGAAACAUCGAGCAACCCAAGAAUGAAGCGAAAACGAAUCGAUCUUUGA